AUCAUCUACAUGCAUAUGCAAAUAUGUGAUAUCUCGUAUCAGUAGUUAAAUAUUGGGACGCGAUAAAAACACAACAGUGUGAAAAGUUUGUUGCAUUCAAAUCUCUACGGUUUUCCAGAGAAGUAUUGAUCAAAAUGGCGAAUACAUUACUUUUUUGUUUAAUUUUUUGUGGGUUAUUUGUUGAAAUCCAUAGCGCAAUGGCGCCACAAGCUUGUUUUGAACCAGCCCCUGUCAAUGAACCUAAAAAAGGCUACCAUUCUAAUUUCCACACGGGACAGAAGAUAACUCAGUAUCCAGUGCCAUUAGGUACAACCGUCGAGUUUAAAUGCAAUCCGGGUUAUACGCUAGUCCUCAAACAGGGGUCAGUUAGGGUCACAUGUGAUCAAUAUGCAAGAUGGUAUCCACCAGGCGAUAAUAAAGUGGUAUGUAAAUCUGAUUGCACUGACCCAAUAACGCCAGUUUACGGAACCUACCUUGGUAGUACAUCGCAUGGAUCGACAGUGGACAUAGUCUGCGAUCCGGGAUACUACCUCACAGGUCCGUCCUCGGCUUCUUGUUCCAACGGCGCCUGGACGUACCAUGGGCAAGGAACCUCCAAGUGUACAGAUAUAGACGAGUGUUCCUCCAACCCAUGCCUUAACGGCGCUGUUUGCGCUAAUAUGGAAAACAUGUAUCACUGUCGUUGCCCUCCACUGUACUCGGGUCCCAACUGUGAAAUACUUGAUGAGGGCUGCGCUUCGUCACCAUGCAUUAACGAUGGAACUUGUCUGGACCAAGGUAACAAUCAGUACAAGUGCGUGUGUCAGGAAGGAUACAGCGGUACAAAUUGUGAUGUUGUUCACCAUUGCCCGAUAGAGGGCGUAUGGUACAACAUAAAAGGCGACCAGCUAAAUUUGACGAAGACGCCAUCCCAAAGUGAGAUAGUGGGAAGUAUCAGAAGUGAAGAGGAUGUUACGUCGGGCCAUUCGUCACCAACUAUCAUAGCCGGUUACGCAGCCAAAAACAUGCAGUACAUCACUUUUGGCUAUACGACCGUGCGCAACAACGGCGAGACAACGGUCAGUUGGACCGGGCAGUGCUACCCCUGCAACGGUCAAGAUGUACUGUUCACAACGAACGUCGAAACAGAGAGACUAAACGCUUGCCACGAUCAUAAAAUGUCCAGUAGAGUGCAGGAAGACACAUGGACUCGAGUUCCUCCGCUAUACAAGCCUCCUGGACCUACGGUCCAGCAGGCGAUGCCAUAGUGACCAAGUAUUUAGUCUGCUGCCACCAACGUUAAAUUAACUUUUUUUAAAUGUCGAAAUAAAUUGAAAUAUAUUAAUACUGUAUACGUAUACACAAAUCCAGUCGGGGUCCCCAGUCAUGUCGUGCAAGUCUUUAUUUAAAAUAGAUUUGGCCUAUACGUACAAUUCCCGGGUUUUCUUACAUUUGUAGCAGACGAUGUAUGAGAAUUCCCCACCGCAAUACUACAGUUAUGGCGUCUGUAGCGAGAGAAUAAUAGCUGUAAAUGCAUCGGUGUAUACAGUAUAUAAAUUAAUAAUGCCUUUUAUGGGACAAUUUUACUGAAAAUAAAUAUCGUUAUAUUGAAUUCAUCGCCAAAAAAAACGUGUUUUUUCCGAAUGCUUUAAAGAACAAACUAUGCAGGAAAUAAACUCAAUACUACGGUGACUAAAUUAACGUGAUGAGUUGUAUAUUAACAUAUCAGUUUUCCGAUUACUUUAACAUCUGAAGUAUUACAACAAAUUAAAGGGAAUGCAUCGUUUGUGUAAAUAUUCAAGUUUGCCUCUGCACGUGUGGAGCUUUGUUUUGAGUAGCCUCUGUGAUUUACCAGAUAAGCCUAAAGGUUGCUUCCCAGUAUUGAUAUUGGUGUCUCUUGGUUCUAAACAAAAACGACAUGAAUUUCGGAAGAAUACUUCCUGUCAUCGCUCUCACAAAAUACUCGGUAAUAGUGAUUCCUUAGAACUGUACAUUUAGCACCGUUUGCGUUUCAAAUAUGAGCAUCAAGUUAAAUGUUUGUGUAAAUAAUUACACGUAAUAGGCCUUUUGUUAGACUUCUUUCUUUGCUUUGUUUUAACAUUAAGCGGAUAGGCGGUUUGAAAAAGCGAAAGUACGGCGAAACACCUGCAGGAAUUAUAAAUUACUAUAGCCACUAAUCAGAAAUAGAUAGAUUGUAAUUAUAAUACAAUAGGGUAUGUUGAGUUUACACAACCUGAAGUGUUACCGCUCUUAAUGGUCAGAAGAUACUUUUGAAAAUAGAAAUCGCAGGUGAUUCAGGUGGGAAUAAUAGAAUCGACGAUCUCCAGAUUUACACUGGUAUAAUAGUCCUUCUUAUGCAAAUUCCUCUCAUCGUAAUGAUUGUAGCAUACAGCGCAUACUAGAUUUCUAUUAUUCAAUAUUUAUAAUUAUUAAAUCAGGGAGCUGUUAAUUUUAUUGCAUUUUACAGCUCCUUGGUUAAACAAUACAUCAACAAUUUAGAACAGCGUUUUCUUGCCGUUGGAAAGACGCAAUAAAAAUGCCAAAGUUUGAAGCAAAAAAGACAUUCAAUUAAAGACUGAAGCUAAACAGAUUACAUUAUAUUAAAUAUUUUAAAAAAUUAGUAAACAAAAUGACGAACUUAUUUAUUUACGUCAUCAAUCUUAGGUUUAUCAUCUAAAUGUAUAGGCUUAUGUAAAAUGAAUUAUUAAAAUAAAAUGACUAAGAGAAUUGAAAUUAAAAUAUAAGCCUACGUUUAAGCUAGUUAGAAUAUUAUGGUGGGUCGACCUAUUUGAAUGACCUUAUGAUGGAAAACGAUGAAAUUAUGAUAAUUUUAGAUUUCGUUCGGCUUUUCAUUGGAAUACUUUGCCAGCUGAUUGUUUUCCAAUUUCCUUUCUUUUUCCUUCCAAAUUUUAAAUCUUGUGUCAAAUGUUUUCUUCAUAAACAUCCUAACCUUUGCCUUGUAUGGGGUGACCGAACAUAAAACAAAAUAGGCCUAUACCAAUAGAGCCAACAUCAAAACAAAUGAGUUGGAUUGAAUAUGAAACUGAACGUUUUAAAACUUAUAUACGGCCAUUGUGAGUGACGUAAAGGUUCGUGUAAAACAUGCCCACGCACUUAUAUUGAAUGAAGAGUGCGUGCUUUUUGCCGUAGUAAAAUCCUCUUCACAUCAUAGUGUUUUUGUGAUUGACGGUAUCACCUGAUAUCAGAGCCUAACCAAUUGACGAUGUACAAAUCGAUUAUUGGCCUAUGGAUAAGACACUCACAUUUAAUCGUCUUAACCUUUGCCUACCACAUAUCCAUACGUUUAUAAAUCCAUGUUAAUACUUAGUCAUAUACGGUAUGUACCCAUGACGUAACACAAGUUCAUUAUUUGAUUUUCCACAAUGGAAACACGGUCUUAGGCGUAGGUCUAAGGCCCUAGUGAAUGAUAGGCCUACUCACUUGAAGUAUUACGUGAGCUAGCAAACACGGCUACAGUUUAACUUUAUAAUUAUUAUUCUCUUUACCUCUAACUUACUGAAAAAGAAGUUAUUUGCAGUGUAUUAACAAUUGCUGAAAGAAGCACCACCUACCUACUGGAAAUUUCCGAUCUGUCACGAAUUCGUUCAAAAUCAACACAUGCUCAUGAAACUUUUGAUAAAGAUGAAUUUAAUUUGUCUUACUUCUAGCUAAGACAUCUAUACACGUGUAUAGUUGUCUCAGCUUCUAGUACCACAACGACUGAGAUGGUGUUUAUUUUAGGCCUAUCAUUUUUAGGCCUACAUUGCGCAGUAUUAUGCGCUAUAUGAGUGGAAGACCAUUACCAUUUAUUUUUCUUCAUCUAAUGAAAGCGCCAAUCUAGGCCUACAGAUUUGAAACAAUAAAAUAAGUUAUUAACAGUUAUCGGAAAACUUAAAUAAAAACAAUCUAUGCCUAUUAACAAAAAGUGUAAUUUUAUAAUUUAGUAAAAUUAAUAAAAGUCAUUAAAAAUACUGAGGCUAUUUGUAGAAUUGUAUUAUUAUAAUAAUACGAUUCAGCUGUAAUACAUAAUUUAUGGGACAUGUAAAUAAAAGACCAACCACAA